CUUAUGGCUUCACCUAAUGGUUUUUUUAACCACUUAACUUAUUUCCUGGCUGCUGGCGCUGUUACUUUGGGAAUUGGUUUCUUUGCUUUGGCAUCAGCUUUGUGGUUCCUGAUUUGCAAACGAAGAGAAAUAUUUCAAAAUUCCAAAUUUAAAGCAACUGAUGAGAGAUGCAGGCAAAGAUCAUCAAAGGGAAAGAUUAAACCUCAUUCUCAGUGUGUCUUUAUUUCUCGAAAUUUUCAUACUGGAGGAUUCCAAUCACAGGAGGAGCAAAGAAAAAAGGAAACAGCACAUAUAAAAGUGAUUAAAGAUCACUCUAAAGAUGAAUUCUGCCUUGCAACAAAAAAGGUCAUUUGUGACCCCUCAGAGACUAGCUCGGCAACACAUCCCAGCAGUGUUACCUUAAGCUUAUCGACACUACCAUCUGAUUCUUAUUACAGCCAAAGUAUAGAAGCAGCUGAUGACUGGUUUUCUGAUGAUACUCUAGCGAAAAAGAGCUCUCCAAUGCCUUUUCUCAGGGAACCUCUAAUGGAAAAAGUAUUUUCAUACCUAUCAACAAUUUCAUUAGAAGAUUGUACUGAAAAUGUACUGAAUAUGACACUUUAUGAUGAUCAGAAAGAUGACAGCAUUAAGGAAAUAUUUUCACGAAGAAAUACAGAGGUUGAAAUACAAAACCUUUGA